UCCUGGAAAGCGACUAGGCAGAAGCUGCCGCGCGGUUCCUGGGAGCGGAGCGCAGGUUCAGCGAAGGCGGGGAGCCGCCGGGUGAAACGAGGGGAGAGAUGCCAGAGAAAAACAGCACGGUUCGGGGCGGUUGUCCUGGGAAUUAACCGAAACACAAAAAACCCCACACACAUAUAUGUGCGAACCCGGUUUGUCCGUCGAAGGAGCGCUAAUAGAGAAGCUGUAGCCCUGCCGCGAAGCGAAACAACCGGCGGCGGUUGGAGCGGAGUGGGAGUUGGUGCGGCCGGCGUGACGUCAGAGCCGCCGGUGCUGCGAGUUCUCAGAAUAGACUUCUAGGAAACGAUACAUUUUAGUCUCUGUAUGUUUUGAUUGUUUUCUGGAGAAAGUCUGAUUGGAUUUAAGCCCAGAGAAGUGAAGAAAUAGAAUGAUUCUUUGUGUACCCGGUCCUGGAGCUCUUCUGCCCACUACCCCGUCCACUGAAUCCCCGCGGGGUAUGCGGGCAGGAACUGCAACUCCCACCCCCUGCUUCCAAAGCACCAGUCCACGAUGGGACCCCACAAAAGAUCUGAGGGCCAUUGCCAGCAACUUCUGCUACCUAGAAAAUUCAGGAUGGUACUGGGGAGCUGUGACUGCAGCCCAGGCCCACACUGCUCUUCAGGAGGCAUCUGAAGGAGCCUUUUUGGUACGGGACAGCAGUCACCCUCUGUACAUGCUGACCCUGUCGGUCAGAACCGCGCGUGGCCCCACAAGCAUACGGAUCCAGUACAGCUGCGCCCAGUUUCUGCUCGACUCCAGCUCCCCGGCCAGACCCAGCCUGUCAUCCUUCCCCAGCGUUCCCAGUCUGGUGCAGCACUACAUGGGACCAGAGAGAAAGGCAGAGGAGGGAAGAGUGGAGGAGGAGCCUCCUUCAAAAGCCUCUCAGCAGGGCAUCCAGGAGACCACAGUGGUACUAAAACUCAAGCAGGCUCUGUACAAGCCCCAAAGCCUCCCCUCUCUUCAGCACCUCACACGCCUCGUCAUUAACAGACAAACUGACUGUCCCGAUCAGCUACCACUCCCAAGGCCCCUGCUGCGUUACUUACAGGACUAUCCCUUCAAGGUCUGAGGGGGCGGAGGAGGAGGAGAAAGAGGAGAGGAGGUUCACUGAAUCACUAUUAAUGGCUGAAUCUCAGCUUAAGGGAAAAAAACAACAAAAAAACCAACACUUUUAAGCGGGUCCUUUGUGCCCGUAAAAGACAUUGCUGCUUCAGCAGUUGGAGGCCAGUUGCAAAAAUACUGGACACAGGGUGAUGUUUUUGGUGACAAAAUGUGUACAAAUUCAGUUAAUCCUGCUGUGUCUGGUUUCAGACUUAAAUUGUUGAGGACUGGAUGUCGAAGCACCCCAGGAAAAAGGAAAACAACAACAACAACAAAAACUUGUGAGAAACAUGAAGUACUGUACUCUGUUUUAUGAUGGAUGUGGAAAAUUGUCCAUAUCUUCUCCCCUCCCUCAUCAGUUCAAGAUGUAUAUAGUUUCCUGAGAAGUACACUGAUUACACUGAGACAUCUUUUAUGCCAUUUUAUUUUUGUUUUCUCAGUACAGCAUCUUUUUGUACCUUUUACAUGUGUACAUUUUUCUAUUAAAACCACCAGCUGGA